AACUGUGAACUGCUGUCAUAAAACACCACUCACAUGGAUGCUUUGAUCAUAUAUCUUUUCUGGGCUUCUCAAUACCCUUGAAUCCCAACCUUUCUCGACGCGUCUUCCCGUUUCUCUCCUCAUUCUACACGUGUCAUUGACGACAUUGAGGAGAGUCGUGUUGUUUGAUGUUUUAGAUCCGUAAACUCGUUCGACUAAAAAAAUGUGAACAUCAAUCUCUAAUUCAUUAGCGGCUGUUAGAAUACUCACAAACGCUUUUCCGUUUUCUGGGAGUCGUUUCGGCGGAAACCGAUACGUUUCUGGAACGUUUUAAGAUUCGAUUGCUACCUUCUUCUGGUUCAAAGUCGUCGAAUGAAAAACUAUCGUCGGACAUUCUGAAAAUAACUCUUUUUUCAUCUCAGAUGAAAUAGCCCCCAGGGCCUAAAAUAUGGAGAUUAUAUCUAAUAGUAGCGGCGAAUAAUAGUUGUUUUCAUCUGAGAUGAAAAUGAACAACAAAAGUGAAAAUACAGUAACAACGACAACGGGGGGGGGGUGCGACUAGGCUCACACCCCCCGAGACUCGAAGAGCUUCAACAAUAGUGCCUAAUGGAGCCUUGGUGGCACUACCGUAUACCCAGUUGGGUCCCGCAACGAAAAGCGUGUCGUUAAAUGUCCCUUUAAACUAUUUCAUCCUAUACAGCUCUGAAAAAUAUCAUUAUUCAAUGUUUGCGAAUAGUUAAAAUCAUCUGAGAUGAAAAUGAACAAAAGUGAAAAUACAGUAACAACGACAAGGGGGAGGGGGAGUGCGACUAGGCACUGCACUACCGUAUACCCAGAUGGGUCCCGCAACGAAAAGCGUGUCGAUAAAUGUCCCUUUAAACUAUUUCAUCUCGUACAGCUGUGAAAAAUGUCAUUAUCCAAUGUUAACGAAUAGUGAAAUUCAUCUGAGAUGAAAGUGAACAAAAGUGAAAAUACAGUAACAACGACAAGGGGGAGGGGGAGUGCGACUAGGCACCGCACUACCGUAUACCCAGAUGGGUCCCGCAACGAAAAGCGUGUCUAUAUGUGUGUCCCUUUAAACUAUUUCAUCUAAUGCAGCUUUGAAAAAUGCCAUUAUCCAAAUUUAACGAAUAGUGAAAUUCAUCUGAGAUGAAAAUGAACACACUUAAAUAGGAGGUUGAAGUGCAGACGAAGGAGGGCUCACACUCCUAGGCUAGGCUCACACUCCCUAGCACUAAGCCUAAGCCUAAGCCUAAGCCUAAAACUGCAGUUUUUUUUAACUAAUUCCGAUUUUUUCUGCGCUUUCUGCAUUUCUUACAAUGAAGUAACUGAAUCGGCACUGUUCUUAGUCGCUCUUUUUCAAAUAUUUCACUUUUCCGAACACCACACCACCUCGUCCGCGACAGUUUAGCAAAAUAAUUAUCGUCUAUAAAGUACUUCCCUCAGAUCUGAUCAUUCGAAGCGUUUGUUAGCGUUUUCUUCCAUUUUUAUUCUAAGUUUCUGAGUAUACUGCUGCCAGAGUUGAGCGGAAGAAGUUUUUAUCACUUAUAGUAAAUUUUUUGAUCGAAUGUUUUCUUAUCAAAUUAGUGUAAUCACUCGUAUGAACUCUGAAGUAUGCGUAUUUCGUUUCAAUUUGUUAUGAAAUUUCCGACCACAAUUGACAAGUUUGAAUAGUUUUUCAGGAAGGAAGCACGCAAUCACCGGUGAUUCACCGGUUCGGGCCCGAACAGGACUGCGCGGAGGUCGACAAGGCGCCGAGCUAAUAGUGAGUUUUUUUUUGUUAAAUGUCAUCCAAAACAUAUUAGCGACCAACAGCGAUGAAAAAUGCCACACGAAGUGCAAUGACAAGUUCAAACCCGCCAGAAGAGGACCCUUAA